CUGCCUCCACAACAACGAUGACUGGACCAGUCUUGAAUUUCACAGACGUAGAAUAUUGUUCGGUCAAUGGAACUGCAACAGCUAUAUGCAGAUCCUAAGGGCAUGUGAUCACUGACCCACUGAGGAAGGAGAAGAACCAAGUAUGAGUCAGAAGAGAUCGCUUCUCUCAGUCAGUCCAAAAUGCCUUGUAAACUGCUAAAUCUAUGUGAGUAUGAAACACAUAAACUGGUCCGAAUACAAAGUGUAAGGCUCGGAUCGCUGAAAUGGACAUUUAACGGAGUCAUACUGAUGUUCAUCUGCAUUAUGAUGCUCUGGAACAAGGAGUACCAAGAACAUGACUAUGUGGUCAGCUCUGUUACUGCUAAGGUCAAGGGAGUGGCCUUGACCAGUUUACCAGAUGUUGGUGCUAUAGUAUGGGACGUUGUGGAUUACAGUGGACCAUCACAGGGAAAGAAUUCAUUUUUUGUGGUGACCAAUGUCAUUGUUACAAAAGAACAAAGGCAAGGAAAAUGCCCUGAGGUCCCUCCUUAUGGAAAAGUGUGUCAGACAGACAAGGACUGUGCAAAGGGGUUCUGGGAUCAGCACAGUCACGGGGUUCAGACAGGUGCAUGUGUGAAGUUUGAUGUGACACGAAAAACAUGUGAGGUGUCUGCAUGGUGCCCCAUAGAGACCAAGAAAAAGCCCCCCAAGCCUGCUCUCUUGGCAUCAGCUGAGAACUUUACAGUCCUCAUCAAAAACAACGUCAGAUUCCCAAACUUUAACUUCAUGAGAAGGAACAUCCUCCCUGAGAUGACGGAAAGCUACCUGAAGCGCUGCCAGUUUAACAGGCAUACAGACCCCUCAUGCCCCAUCUUCCGUCUGGGGGACAUUGUACAAGAGGCCAGAGAAAACUUCUCAGAGAUGGCAGUUGAGGGUGGCGUCAUUGGGAUCCAAAUCAAGUGGGAUUGUAACCUGGACGGGUUCUUGCGGAACUGUCUGCCCAAAUACUCCUUCCGCCGGCUGGAUGAGAAGGAGAGCAAUAGAACACUGUACCCUGGUCUCAACUUCAGGUUUGCCAGAUAUCAGAUAGAGAAAGGUGUUGAGGAGAGAACCCUGUUUAAAGCAUUUGGGAUCAGGUUUGAUGUCAUGGUGUUUGGAAAGGCAGGAAAAUUCAGCAUAAUCCAACUGAUCAUCUUUAUUGGAUCAACUCUAUCAUAUUAUGCACUGACCACUGUAUUCAUCGACUGGCUCAUUGGGACCAGCUGUUACUCUAAAGAAGCCAGACAGAACUACUCAGAGAAGAAGGUUGAAUCUGUUCAGGACAGACAGCAGUGCAUUCUCUGUGUCUCGUUUGUGGACGAGAACCAUAUAAGAGUGGUGAAAAGAUCACAUAAGAAAAGUUUACAACAAGUGAAGCCCAUCUCCAUUCACCCAUGCAAGGAUGACACAGGGCACCUAAGUGCCAUGGUUGGUGUAUUGCAGAAAGGGAACAUCGUAGGCAAGCAGCCCCAGGUUCUCCCCCAGCCCAACCGUCCAGCCUGGUGUCUGUGUGGCUGCUGUCUUCCUUCCACCCAUCCCCAGGAGCAGCUGUGCUGCAGACAGAGCAGUGGUCGCUGCAUCACCACCUCCUCCCUGUUUGAACAGCUGGUGCUGAGUCGGCCCUUGUUGGAUAUAGUGCUGCUGUACAGGGAGCCUCUCUCUGACCUGACCGAGGGGGAGCAGCGGAUCGCCGCCCUUCGCCACUGCGCCUACAGACAGUACAUCAGCUGGAGAUUCGGGGCCCCACUCAGAGAAAGCAUCCCUGUCAUGCCCAGUUGUAGUUUGUGGAGAAUCAGAGAAGAGUACCCCAGCCAAGAUGGAGAGUACACUGGUCUGAGGCCCAGGAGAACUACCUCUCACCAGUCCGGCCCUAACACACAGCUUUAGGGAAGAGGAAGAGUCAGUGUUAUAGAAAGCUCCAUCAGAGAUUGGUCCUCAUAAUGUAGCGACUGUACAACGCAUUUGAACUGGUGUAUUGAUCUAAUCUUCCAUUCAGCAUUAAGGUUAACAUUUUCAACCAGAACAUUAUCUUCGCCUGUAGAUAUUGUGUCCAUCCAUCCCACUGUGUAGGGACCAUCAAUAAUGAAGAGGGAAAUAACGUAAUAGACUUUAUCUUAGCUGACACUGAACAGGAGCUAACUGGAUGUGGGAAUUGCUUUAUCUUUCCUUUGACUGUCUACUUACAUGUGACUUAUUUCAAUUAUUUGUUGUAUUGGAACAUAUGUUUUUUACCAUGUGCAAUAAAUGUAACUUUGAAAAUA